AUGGCUGCUCUACCAAAGCGCAUAAUCAAAGAAACGGAGCGCCUUAUGGCAGAACCUGUGCCUGGUAUCAGCGCUGUUCCCCACGAAGACAAUCUCAGAUACUUCGACGUUAAGAUCCACGGCCCUUCUCAGUCACCAUAUGAAGCGGGCAUCUUCAAGCUUGAGCUCUUUCUACCAGACGACUAUCCUAUGACUCCUCCCAAGAUCAGGUUCCUCACCAAGAUCUACCACCCGAAUAUCGACAAGCUGGGCCGCAUCUGUUUAGAUGUUUUGAAGAGCAACUGGUCCCCAGCCCUCCAAAUCCGUACAAUCCUCCUCUCAAUACAAGCUCUGCUUGGCGCACCAAACCCAGAUGAUCCAUUAGCGAAUGAUGUGGCACAACGAUGGAAGGAGGAUGAGCCUGCGGCUAUACAGACGGCAAGAGAAUGGACUCGGCAGUAUGCAAAAGCUUAA